CAAGACGACAACGGGAUCGACGGGGGAAUAUAAAAAAAAAACACCUACUCAUCCAUGUCUACUGCUCUGUGUUGCUGGUGCUGCUGCUCGCUCAACAUCUGACAUUGAAAAGUCGCCACUUGUCCGGUCAAGGCGUUUUAUUUUUUUUUACAAAGUUUUUUAUAUAACAAUUCUCGCUCGUUGAAGCGGCUUUUCUCUCUUGCUCGGGAUAAACAAUAAAUAAGUUGUCCACAAUGUCAGAGCCGACGUCAUCAUUGUCGGAGACGUUGAUCGAGCCCGACGCCUCGGGGGUUGUAACGAGGCUUGCACAAAUUCUCGAACGCUACGCUACCGAUGUCAUCGAGGCAGAGGAUAUCUUCAAAAUUGGACUGUCAGGUGGCUCUUUGGUCAAAUUUCUAUCCGAGGGUUUGCCUCUUGUAAAAACAGACUGGAGCAAAUGGAGAUUUUUCUUCUGCGAUGAGAGGAUAGUUUCCUUCGAAAAUACUGAAUCAACUUUUGGACUAUAUAGAGCAAGUUUGAUUGGAAAGAUUCCUAUUACUGAGGAUCAAUUUAUAAAGAUUGAUCCCCAGCUUACAGCUGAAGAUGCAGCUAGGGACUACAUCAAACAAAUGACACUGUACUUUCCUCCGGAUAGUAUACCAAGGUUUGAUGUUUUACUUUUGGGAAUGGGCCCUGAUGGUCAUACUUGCUCGCUGUUUCCCAAUCAUCGUUUAUUAGAGGAAACUAGUUUGUGGGUGUGUCCCAUCAAUGACUCUCCUAAGCCGCCUCCUUCAAGAAUAACUCUGACAUUCCCAGUUAUUAACAAUGCCAAGGCAUGUAUUUUUGCUGUCACUGGUGCAGGCAAAAAAGAAAUGGUCAAAAGAAUUUUGAAAGACAAAGAGAAUUUACCAGCUGCUAGAGUGCAACCAACACAUGGAACCCUAUACUGGAUCUUAGACAAAGAAGCAGCUGGAGGUUUAUAGUUUUCUUCUAGACUGACCCCGUGUGAUUUAACAUUCCAUUUUGUAACUUACUAUACUACACUUGUCGGGCUGCUAAUUUUAUAUCUCUAUGUAAACAAUAAUUUUUGUAUGAUAUAGAUAAAUCAAAUUAAUGAAAUAUAUAAUAGGUAGGCAAUUAUAUUAUUAUAUUAAAAACUGUUAAAUUUAUGUAAGCCGCUUCUAAUAUUUAUAACAUCAAACGCGCUUUUUACACUUGAGUAAUUUAUGUGUCACCUUUUUAAUUGGCCUAAUGUUGAUAUUUUUUUGAUUAAAAAAACGUACUUAAAGAUUCUGCAAA